CUGGUUGGGUAGUCCCAAUUCUCGUUUUCGGUUACGAACAAAAGGCCAAAGAAUUGGUCAGUGUUCUCGAGCCGACGCGGACUCGCUGCUUUGUUAUCCGAUUCACGUGUAGUGCUCUCUGUCAUCGGUUGCUUCGAUUCUUCGCAACCAGAAGAAAAAGGAAACAUUUUUAAUUGAUUCUUUUCCGUGGGUAAUGCUAAAAGGUGACCUCAAGGUGGUGGGGACGCUUGGAAUUGAAGGAAAAGAAGCAAAGUGGAUAAAGACCAGCAAUUAUUCAAUCGCUCCCACUCCGUUUCCAUGACCCUCUUCUCGUCCGGCUCGUCCCUCUCUUUCUUUAUCAUUGCAUCCCAAGAUUUCUGGGAAAAGCCACGGUUUUUUUGCGACUAUUUAUGUGACCACGUUCUGUGUGUGGCUUGGUCAGAUUUGAGCCGCCUCCUUGCGUUUUGGAGCUUCGUUUGUAAAGGCACACUUCCCGGAGCUAAUGUGUUGAUGGGCGAUUAUUACAACAACGAUGAGACAUCUGAAACUUAUACCACCGUUGGAAAUGUGCCAAAUUCUUGCAUUCUUGAUGGACGUGGGUAUCAGCUAGCGAAUACAGCCCCUUGCCAUGCCUUGAGAAAUAUCCUAUGUCCACUUGAUAACCUGGGGCUCUGCUCAUCAGUGAAUGGUAUUUUCUCUCAUAUUCUGGCAUUGAGCUCUCAUAUUACUCAGCAAUUUCUUUUCUUUAUUGAAAAUCUUGUCGUAAGAGAUGUUAAUAGAUACUCAGAAGACUUGGUUGCCUUUUCUGGUUGCCACCCAAGAUCUUCAAUUGACUGUACAUAUAAAUCUGCUUUUGAGGAUGGUCCAUCAUCUUCAAGUCCUGGAAUCCAUGAAAAAAGAUCCAUGGUUGUCGAGGAAGAUUUUCUUGGGAAUGCGAGAUCUGAAGUUGCAGAAUUCUAUGACAAUUUUAGGGGUGUCACCUUCAUUUUUCAGGGGUUGAUGCUCCCUUUACUUUGUCUGAAACUUGCCUUUAAGUUUGCUGUGGCUUGUUGGAGGCUCUCUCUCUCUUAUGUCAGAUGCACGCAACUUCAACUUAGUAGUGUUAUCUCGCGAGUUCAAAGGACGUUGCAUGGUUCCUCUGAUGAUAUCGGAUGGUUGCAAUAUAAUCCUGAUAUGGCUCCAGUUGAGGAUGGCACUUCAAAAUUUUUAGAAAUUCUUGAAGCUAUAAGGAAUGGGGAGCACAGACUGCCCAACUCAUUCCUUUAUCUACUCAUACCAGGUCUCUUUAGCAAUCAUGGUCCCUUAUACUUUGUUGGCACCAAGAGGUUCUUCUCAAAAAUGGGCUUGACAUGUCACAUAGCGAAAAUCCAUAGUGAGGCGUCUGUGGAGCACAAUGCGUGGGAACUAAAGCAAUAUAUCGAGGAACUCUACUGGGGGUCGGGUAAGCGUGUGAUGUUAUUGGGGCACAGCAAAGGCGGGGUGGAUGCUGCAGCCGCCUUGUCAAUGUUCUGGGAUGACUUGAAAGGAAAAGUUGCUGGAUUGGCACUGGUUCAGAGCCCAUAUGGCGGCACUCCUGUAGCUUCUGAUAUACUUCGCGAAGGCCAGAUUGCUGCCAAAGAAACCAGGAGGAUAAUGGAGCUCAUAAUUUGCAAGCUAAUUAAGGGUGAUAUACGGGCAUUGGAGGACCUCACGUAUGAAAAGAGGAAGGAGUUUAUCCUGAAAAACAAGCUUCCAGAUGAAAUCCCUCUUAUUUCUUUCCAUUCUGAAGCAAGUAUAGCUCCGGGCGUACUUGCGUCAAUGACGCACAUAGCCCAUGCAGAGCUUCCAUGGCUUCCUCUUCUGAAUUUCGGCAGUGAGAACUCGGAUGAUCUCGUAUUGCCAGGAGGUCAGGUUCCUGUUGCCAUUCCUCUUUCUGCUGCUAUGGCUAUUUGUGCUCUCCAUCUCCAAUUAAGGUAUGGCGAGAAAAGUGAUGGGGUGGUGACGUGCCGUGACGCCGAAGUUCCUGGAUCAUACGUGAUUAGACCCGACCGGAAACUCGACCACGCAUGGAUGGUAUACUCUUCAAGGAAGAGGAACCCGAGCGAGCCUGAUGCUAGUGAGAUGUGCGAGGCCAUCUUGACUCUUCUUGUGGAAAUUGGAGCGGAGCGUAACAAUAGGGAAAAGAGUGAUUGAGUAGCUUAAUCAUGAAGACCUCCAUUCAUUAAUUCAUUUCCCUCGUGAUUGAUGACUGUUUUCCCCCCAUUGUAAUACAAUUGGCAAAGUAGAAAUGCAUGCAUUAUUCGUGUCUGGUUUACGAGUUUUUGCUUAUCUCUGUCUGUUA